AUGAAGCCAUCCUCCGUUAUCUUCGCGCUCUUCUCCCUGGUCACUGUUGCAGUUGCAGACAAAGUAUGCACGCCAAGCUUCGACUACUGCUCCGCUGAGCUCAUUAGCAAGAAAGGAUUCACGGAAGAUGAUCUCAAGACCGCACUGAAGGGAACGGAAUUUGAGACGGAAGACCUGAAUAACAUUCUUUUCCAUUGCACGAAUCCUGGCAUUGUCGGCCAUCCAAAGCUCUGCAGUAGUGGAUGCAAGAGUACGGAGCAGGAGGGUAGCCACAGCUGUUAG